UUGGAUCGAUCAGCGUGAUUUGAUUCUGAUUGAAUUCAUCACAACUGAUCAAAUUCGCUCCGGAUUAACCAACGCAAUUUGAUUCCUUCAUCGCGACGUCUGGACUCCUUCAAAUGGAUUCAAUUCCGAUACAUUCAUCGGAAGAUUAUUUCGAUUCUGAUUCCUCUUCAUCGGGAGAGGAAGGAGAAACUGAAUCUAAAGUGGUUUAUGUACCAAAAUGCCCCGAUGAUUUGAAACCAAAAAUUGGACAAAGUUUCAUAACCCUUGAUCGUGCAUUGGACUUCUACAACAAUUAUGCUCGAUAUGUUGGGUUUGACACCCGUAAGAAGGGAUCAAAAAAGGAAAAAGAUGUCAUUACUUGGAUUUAUGUGGUGUGUAGCCGAGAAGGUACAAAGCAAAGAAAAAAUGAACAACAUGAGGUGAAACGCAAGCGUUCUUCUAUUAAGUGCUUUUGUAAUGCUAAAGUGUCUUGGAAGUUUUUUAUGGGUGUUGGUUAUGUUAUACAAAGUUUUGUUGAAGAACAUAAUCACGAGAUGGUUGAGGAACGCCAUAAGCGUUUUAUGAAGUUGAACCGCAAUUUGGAUUUAGUCCAUCAGAAAUUCAUACUUGAUUGCGCUAAUGCAAAUAUCGGUCCAACUUUAAGUUUUAGCUUACUCAAGGAAGUACUUGGUGGAUUAGAUUAUGUAGGGUGUACUGUUUUAGAAGUACGCAACUACAGACGCGACCUUAGAGCAUACGUGGAAGGAGCUGAUGCACAAAUGCUAUUAAAUGAGAUGCGCAGGAAAAAGGAACUUUGUGGAGCAUUUACAUAUGAAUUUGAGGUCAACUCAAAGGAUAGACUGACACGUUUGUUUUGGUGUGAUCCAACUGCCAAGAGAAAUUAUCAUAUGUAUGGUGAUAUUGUUUCUUUUGAUACGACAUACUCAACAAAUAGGUACUGCAUGAUAUUUGCUCCAUUUACGGGCAAGGAUAAUCAUGGUCGCCCUGUGACAUUUGCUGCUGGCCUUUUAUCCAAGGAAAGUGCCGACUCCUUUUCAUGGUUAUUUAAACAAUUUGUGAAAUGUAUGGGUGUGGCUCCAAAGCUAAUCGUAACCGACCAAGAUUUAGGAAUGAAAGUUGCUAUUGCAGAGGUUCUUCUUAGUACGAGACACAGGUGGUGCAUGUGGCAUAUAAUGAAUAAAGUUGCUGACAAAUUGCCAAAGAACAUGCUUGGUAGUGAAGAACUAAAGAAGGAAUUGAAUGCAUGUGUUUGGUCGGAGUUGAUAGAGCCUGAUGCAUUUGAAGAAUCUUGGCAUGCUAUAAUGGAAAGAUAUGGGCUGGCCAAUAAUGACUGGUUUUCAUCAAUGUUUGCAUCUAGAAAGUUUUGGGUUCCAGCCUUUUUCCGUGAUUUUCCGAUGAGCUCGUUGAUAAAGACAACAUCUUUGUCUGAAUCACAGAAUAGCUUCUUUAAAAGGUACUCAAAGUGUCGGGCUAACCUUAUGCUAUUUUAUAUGAACUAUAACCAUGCUUUGGAGGCUCAGAGAAGUAAUAGCGCAAAGCUUGAAUACUAUGAUUCAACAAAAGUGCCUAUAUUGCGAACAGAAUUGGAAAUUGAGAAACAUGCGUCAACAAUAUAUAGUGGUAGUGCUUUUAAUGCAAUUCAAGAGGAGAUAGUUUAUGCAUGUUUCUCUUUGUCUUGUUCAACUCUAGGAAUGUCUACCAAUAGAGAGAAUGAAGUAUAUAACAUAAAUGACAAGGAUUCAAACUCAUGGACAGUGACUUACUCCAUUGGCGAUGACACCUAUUUGUGUGGAUGUAAAAAGUUUGAGAGACUUGGUCUAUUGUGCAGCCAUAUACUUUGUGUGUUGAAAUAUAAGUUUGUUAAGUUGAUACCCGAGAAUUUGCGUGGAUGGAGAUGGUUGAAGUCACAGUUUGUGAAGCCAAUACAUGGAGGCUUUUGUGAUGAUGAAGAAAUACUCUCUGUUGUGGACGAGAAGAAGAUUGCAUUUAAAAACUUGUAUGCAUUAUUCUUUGAAAUAGCACAAAGUAUUGAAGGGAACAUUGACCAAAUCAAUGCAUUUACUGCAAUUAUUGAAGAAGGUAAGAAGCAGCUUCUCGGAAGUGUUGUUCUGUCUUCGACAGAGAAGAGAGCAUUGAUUGAGAAUUUCUAUGGCUCACAAGUUCCAAACAUUAUUGAAGUUCAUCCUCCUAAUGUUGUCAGUACAAAGGGAAGUGGUAGUAGGAGAAAAUCCAAGAAGGAGUCGGCAAUGAAGUUAGCAAUGAAACCAGGCCGAAAGUGUGGAAAUUGUCAUGUGAUUGGACACCAUGAUUCCAGGAACUGCAAAAAGGUGAAUGAGAAGGCAAAACAGAGGCAGUGA